CAAAACUCUGUUUUCUUUCUUUUGGUUAUAGAUAGAAAGAAAGAAAGAAGGCAUAAAGAGGUAGUUUUUAGAGAGUAAAAAGAAAAAAAAUAAUACCAAGUAAACUUUAUUACGAGCUCUCUCUCUCUCUUUCUCUAUUUUAUAUCUCUGCAACUCUCAUCCUCUAAUAAAAAAAAUAAAAAAAUUGAAAAACCCUUAAAGGGUUGGUGAGGGUUUCACGUGUUUUUUCGUUAAAAAUCCAAUCUUUCGGUCCACUUAUAGUUCUAUUUCGAUCUCUGUCGAAAGGGUUUUCUCUAGUGAUGCUGAUAAUAUAUAUUUGAAGUAGAUAGUUAGAAGGAGAAAUGGAUAGAUCAGUGAUGACAGUGGGGCCGGGAAUGGACGUGCCGAUCAUGCACGAUGGAGACCGGUAUGAGUUAGUGAGAGAUAUUGGGUCAGGGAAUUUCGGGGUCGCCAGGUUGAUGAGGGAUAAACAGGCUGAUGGACUUGUUGCUGUUAAGUAUAUCGAGAGAGGUGAGAAGAUAGAUGAAAAUGUGCGAAGGGAAAUCAUUAACCACAGGUCGCUUAGGCAUCCCAACAUCGUCAGAUUCAAAGAGGUCAUUUUAACCCCAACUCAUUUGGCGAUUGUAAUGGAAUAUGCGUCUGGUGGAGAGCUCUUUGAGCGCAUAUGCAAUUCUGGUCGCUUCAGCGAGGAUGAGGCACGCUUUUUCUUUCAACAACUGAUAUCAGGAGUUAGCUACUGCCAUACAAUGCAAGUGUGCCAUCGUGAUUUGAAAUUGGAGAAUACUUUGUUGGAUGGAAGCCCGGCUCCUCGUCUGAAGAUUUGUGAUUUUGGUUACUCUAAGUCAUCAGUGCUGCACUCUCAACCAAAAUCUACUGUUGGAACACCUGCUUAUAUUGCUCCUGAAGUGUUACUUAAGAAGGAAUAUGAUGGCAAGAUUGCAGACGUAUGGUCUUGUGGAGUAACUUUAUAUGUUAUGUUGGUUGGAGCUUACCCUUUUGAGGAUCCUGAUGAACCCAAGAAUUUUCGCAAGACAAUCCAUCGAAUUUUGAAUGUCCAGUAUUCAAUCCCUGACUAUGUUCAUAUAUCUCCUGAAUGCCAGCAUCUAAUCUCGAGAAUAUUUGUAGCUGAUCCUGCAAAGAGGAUAACCAUUCCCGAGAUCAGGAAUCAUGACUGGUUUCUAAAGAAUUUCCCAGCAGAUCUCAUGGUGGAAAGUAAUAUGAAUAACCAGUUUGAAGAACCUGAUCAACCGAUGCAGAGCAUUGAUGAGAUAAUGCAAAUAAUAACCGAAGCCACCAUACCUGCACCUGGCACCCCUAGUCUCAACCAAUAUUUGACUGGCAGCUUGGACAUUGAUGAUGAAAUGGAGGAUGACCUAGAUAGUGAUCCUGAGCUUGACCUUGAUAGCAGUGGGGAGAUAGUAUAUGCAAUGUGAAUACCUACCAAUGAAGGAUUAUCUAGAAUAAUGCCUUACUGGUUGGCUGUGGAAGUGAAAGUGACUGUGAAAUAGCGGGGGGUAAAGUUUCUAUAUGGUGGAGGAUUUGAGGGUUAGGAAUUUGUAAUAUCUGCUGAAAAAAUCCCAUUUGCAUGCAGGUGUCCCUUUAUGUUAGCACCUUCUGUUCUUCUGUGAUGUGUUCUCACACCUUCAACUGGCAUAUAAUAUACUGUCCGUGUACUCUUUGUAAAACUUUAGUGUAAUAAAGGUUUACAUCUUAUCUUGAAUCA